CGAGGAGCCGAGCGCCCCGGAGGCCUCGCCAGGGCCGACCCGGGGUCCCGGCGCCGCCGCCGCCGCCGCCGCCAUGGACCUCCCGCCGCUGGCCGGCAAGAUCGCGGCGCUGUCGCUCGGCGCCCUCCCGGUGUCCUACGGGCUCAACCAGGUCUCGGCGCUCUCGCACCCCCUGUGGGUAGCGCUGAUGAGCGCCCUGAUCCUGGGUCUGCUCUUCGUGGCUGUGUACAGCUUGGCCCAUGGAGAGAUUUCCCACGACCCACUCUAUGCUGUCUUCGCCGUCUUCGCCUUCACCUCCGUGGUGGACCUCAUUAUCGCGCUCCAGGAAGACGGCUACGUGGUGGGCUUCAUGGAGUUCUACACCAAGGAGGGGGACCCCUACCUGCGCACCGCUCAUGGGAUCUUCAUCUGCUACUGGGACGGCACAGUUCACUACUUCCUCUACCUGGCCAUGGCAGGUGCCAUCCGCAAAAGGAAGAGAUACCGGAACCUUGGACUGUACUGGCUGGGCUCCUUUGCCAUGAGCAUCCUGGUGUUCCUCCCCGGAAACAUCCUGGGCAAAUACAGCUCAGAGAUCAGGCCCGCCUUCUUUCUCGCCAUCCCCUACAUGCUAGUCCCGUGCUGGGCCGGCAUGAGGGUCUUCAACCAGCCCCGGGCGCCCCCCGGCUGCACCCCCGAGCUGGUGCAGGUGGAGCAGAAGAAGAGCCUCCUGCAGCGCCCGGCUGACCUGGCCCUCGUCACCUACCUCGUCCUGGCUGGGUUUUUCACCUUCUUCCGGGGCCUGGUGGUGCUGGACUGCCCCACGGAUGCCUGCUUUGUUUACAUCUAUCAGUAUGAGCCGUACCUGCGGGACCCUGUGGCCUACCCAAAGGUGCAGAUGCUGCUGUACAUGUUUUACGUCCUCCCCUUCUACGGCCUGGCCGUCUAUGCACUCACCUUCCCGGGCUGCUCCUGGCUGCCUGACUGGGCGCUGGUGUUUGCUGGAGCCGUGGGCCAGGCGCAGUUCUCACACAUGGGCGCUUCCAUGCACCUGCGGACGCCUUUCACCUACCGCGUGCCCGAGGACGCCGGCACCUGCUUCUUCACGUGCAACCUGCUCUACGCGCUCGGCCCCCACCUGCUGGCCUACCGCUGCCUGCGGCGGCCGGCCUUCUUCCUGCACCCACCGCCCCCCGCGCCCCCGGACCCCCACAAGAAGAAGCUCUAAGGGGGCGGUGGGGGCUCCCCGGGACUCUGUCUACACGCCCGGCCAGCCCGGCUCUGGUGGAUGGAUCGGGAGACCACCAGGCUCGCUCGGCCGCCACCACGCCCCAGCCCCCGCACGGGGGGCUUCUUCUGCCCUUCCCAGAAUUUGCCCGCCACUCCCCCAUGGGUUCCUUUAAGUAAAAACCGUUUUUGAUGUC